GGAUGGAGAGAGAAAUAGGAGGGUGUUGAAACCAUGUGGAUCCAUGGAGAAAAUAUGGAAUUUUGCAUUUAGGACUAUGUAAAAGACGUUCAAUAUAUUUGAUAUUUAUAUUUUAGAAAUGAUCCACUUAAUUUUAGGGAGUCAUACUUUAAUAGACAUUCUGACGACCAGUGCGUCGAUGAUGUAGCGAUUGAUUAAGCAUAAAUGAACGAUAUCUUAAACAACAUUAUCUCUUAUUUUCUUCAGUGUAACGUUAGUUACACAUGUUAGUCUUAAUAAGCAUACAGGUCUCUUAAUGCACAGGUCAAAUAGCUAAACCUUUUAAAGAGAUAAAUUGCGAUUUCACAUGAUGUAAUAAAAAUUACAUUUUUAUUAGAAGCAUGGCUUAAGCAGCCUCUAUACAGCUUGUCUGUUCUAGCCUCUCCUGUCAUAAUGUUUUCUGAACAUGAACGUUCGAAUAAAAAAAUAGCAGUGUUGUAAAACAACUGGUCAAACUGCGGGCAACAACUAUCUGACCCGCUGUUAGUUUAUCAGCACUGCCCAGAAACACAGGGUGUGGGGAAUGCAAGGACACUGUACAGAAUAAAACCCCUCCACCAGUUGCUCAUUCAUUCAUUCAGUCAUUCAUUAGGCCUUGGACCUGACACAUCUUCUUCUGGAGCCUGAGCUGUAAAAGUGUCUGCAAAUAAUAUGGAAGGGUCAUUAAAGUAUAUUAGAGAAGGAAAUGGCAAAGUCAGUCGAGUUAUUCGCAUGGGAACAAGGAAGAGCCAGCUGGCUCGCAUUCAAACAGACAGUGUGGCCGGCAGACUGAGAGAGCUUUAUCCAGACGUUCAUCUAGAAAUAGUUGCCAUGUCUACAAUUGGGGAUAAAAUCCUGGACACUGCAUUAUCAAAGAUUGGCGAAAAGAGCCUCUUUACCAAAGAACUGGAGAAUGCCCUUGAGAGAAAUGAGGUGGAUAUUGUGGUGCACUCUCUUAAGGAUUUACCUACCUCAUUGCCCCCUGGAUUCACUAUCGGAGCCAUUCUUCAGAGGGAAAAUCCCCAUGAUGCAGUGGUGCUUCAUCCAAAGAAUGCUGGACUUACCCUAGACAGCUUGCCAGAGAGGAGCGUGAUUGGCACAAGUUCACUUCGCAGAGCAGCUCAGCUGAAGAAACGAUUCCCUCAACUGGAGUUUGAAAAUAUUAGGGGGAACCUAAACACCCGUCUGAAGAAGCUGGAUGAAAAGGACGACUAUGCUGCCAUUAUUCUGGCCGCAGCUGGCCUUAAACGUAUGGGCUGGGAAAGCAGAAUCAGUCAGAUUCUGGGACCUGAAGAUUGCAUGUAUGCUGUUGGCCAGGGAGCACUGGCAGUGGAAGUCCGAGCACAAGAUAAAGACAUUCUGGAAAUGGUGUCAGUCUUGCACCAUCCAGACACAGUGCUGCAGUGCAUCUCAGAGAGAGCUUUUCUCAGGCAGCUGGAAGGAGGCUGCAGUGUGCCUGUUGCUGUUCAUACAGAAGUGAAAGGGUCCAUGCUGUAUUUGACUGGAGCAGUUUAUAGUUUGGAUGGAGCUGAUUGCUUGAAGGACACUAUGCAGACGGUUGUGGAAAUUGACAACAAAGUGAGCGAGAGUGCACAGGAGUGUGUACACGUUGGAGUCACUGCCAAUAGUGUAUCAUCAUCAGCCCUCGAAGCUGCUGAGAAACUGGGAAUGGAUCUGGCAAAUGCUCUCCUUAAUAAGGGGGCCAAAGACAUUCUCACAACAGCCAGGAAACUAAAUGAUGCUCGAUAGCUGUGCACUGGGGUAUUAGACCUAGUUUUGGAACCUUUGACACGCUGUUUACUUGGAUAAACAAUACACUCAA